AUGGCGGAUUGGGCAAACAUCACUCCGGAGCUCCUCCGCGCGAUCGCAUGGGUGCUCACUCGUGAGAUCGACAGCGGGCCGGCAUUCAGCCGACAGAAUGCGGCCGAUGAGAUGCAAGCGGGCGCUUGCGGUGCUGCAUCGAUGAUGGCUGCAUGCUGGUCGUGGAAGGUCGCUCUCGCCCGAGAGGGCGUGCGCGACCGCGCCAUUCGCGCCGCCCGCCGCUCCGCCAUUUACCGGCAGGGGUGGGCAGCAUUCAUGCGCGAGAUCGACUCGGGGGGCUGCUUCAGCUUCUCGGUCGGCUGCCUCAGAUGCUUCCGGGUCUGCGACCCGCUGGAGUGCACGCACGCCAUCAUGACGGCUGUGCUCGCCGGGGAGGACGCGGUCGAGACGUGCCAGCGCAUCGCGCAGGAGCACAUCGACUGGGACUCUGGAGACUUUGGCCAGACAUUUCCCGAGGACGACGGCGAGGAGGCGGAGGACGGGGCCCAGCACGUCGUCGCCAACGCCAUCAUCGCCUCGAUCUGCGGCGGAUUCGCGACGACCAAGCUCGGCACCCUCGAGGAGAGCGUGAUGGACAGCAUCAACAAGUACUGCGCCAGCUCCUAUCUGCAGCCCACGCCCGGCGUCGCCCGCUUCCUCCUCUCGUGGCUCGACCAGAGGGACGGAUGGCUGCGCUGCAGCAUCGUCUUCGACACGCUGGCCAGCGACCAGCGCUUCAGGCCGCUGGUGGGCGCCGCGAGGUUCGCGGCGCUCGUGGCCGAGUGCAAGACCCGGAUCGGGGGCUGGGCCGACUACAACGAGGACUGA